AUGACUAAAUUAAAAGUUUUAGUCGAUUUGAAUGGCUAUGAAAACUAUAGCAUAGCUGUUGAAUGCAGUGAUCAUAGCAUUGCAUUCAAUGCGGUCUACAAUGAGAUCAUUAAACACAUCAAACAUCACAUCUCUUACGACACCCAUGUGUUUGAGAUAUAUGACACCGAUUUCCGUGAAUACUGUGUCAUAACGAGUGAUAAGUAUUUGAUUGAAAACUUGUCGCGAAUUAGAGUCAGAAGUAAAGCAAACAAUGCUUUGAAUCACAAAUCAAUUACUCAUACAUUCAAUGGUAAUACCAAUGAAACGGUGGUUAAAGACAAUAACAUUCUUCACGAGAGAAAUCAGCGAUCAGUUGAUAAUAAUGUGAUGACUGAUAGGCACCGGAAUGCCAGCACCAGUACCAUAGCUAGCAGUGCGAGUGCUUUGGAGGCUACCGGUGCUGAAUGUAGUGAUAAUAAACUGAACACAAGAAUUGAAUGCAAUUAUGGCUUAAAUCUGAACACAAAUAGCAAUACCAGUCAUAACGGAGAGAAUAUUCUUGUGGCACAAGAAUUGCCACAAAACUCGACACAAACUUCUGUCACUAAACCGCCGCUAAAAAUGACACAAAAAGUUGUCAAUAAAUCCAAAGAAGAUAAUCAAAGCACAGCUAAUGAAGGCAUUCCUCAGCAGUUCAUUAACCAAUGUCUGCCCGACGUGUUAGGGCUCACCACUUAUAAAGUGAAACAAAACUUUGAGAAAAUUGUCUUAAAUGUGGACUAUUUUAUGAAAAAUGCUCACAACAUGUCUAAUAGGGAUCAAGUAUUGGACACUAAUAAGGAUCAGGUAUCGCAUUCUAAUGCUGACGAAGACCUGGCAACUUCAUUAGCACCGGGUACUCAUCCAUCGACUCCUAUCAACUACUUGGACAUUGAGUUGAACACCGACUUCACCACAAACUCCAGUUCCAAACAUCUUCCUUAUAUCACAUACACAGCUAAAGUUGGUGACCAAUGGGUGGUUGCUAUGAGAUAUAGUCAGGGUGAGCACAGGGCGGCUACUAGACUAAUACAAGUAUAUGAGACACAUAUAAGCGAUUGUGAAAACACAGACUUCAGGGAUAAUGUGGUCAAACAUAUGGAAAAGAGUGGAUUCAAAGAGUGGGAUUACAACAUGUGUUUGAAUUAUUUCUAUAAUGCAUUGUUUUUGUAUCAAAAGACUAUAGCUAACUGUCCGAAUGUGGAGACGGCGGCUAUAAAAUGCAGUGAUUGUCACACAACUGUUAUCAACUCGAUUUCAACUACAAGCCAUACUGUUGACACUGCCGGUGCUGUGGGCACAAGUAGUUCAUCAAUUAGUGUACAAAAUGGGCCUAAAAUUAACUCAUCGGAAGUGGUAAAGGACUCGACGGGUGAUCAGAAAUGUAAUGCUAUUCCAACACUUAAUACGAGUUCAGUGAUAGCACCGGGCGAUAGUGAAUACAAUCCCAUUGACUAUUUGGGACUAACAGUUAACUCUAACUUUACUCUAAACGCCUGUUCCCGACAUUUGUCAUAUAAGACAUAUACUUUCAAACUGGGACGGUUACUAAGACAAGUGAAAAUAAAUUUUCAGACACUGAUUAUGUGUCCAAACACGGAGAGGGCCGGUAUUGUGAACCCCCUGUUCUAUUCGCUGCAUAUGUUUGAUAUGGAGUUUAUUAUACCGACCCAUGAAUACAAUGAAAUCAAAAGUUUGCGGCAAAAGUUUGGCCAAACAAUUACGACAACUACAACAUCAAAGUCAGCAAUUAUAAGCGCACCGGUGUCUAUUGUUCAACAAAAGUCGCCCAGUAGUGUCACUUCGAGCACAUCACAAAGUGAUCCGGCUAUUGUAAAGUCUGGUCCCAAAAUCUUACCUCUAUUUCCUAUCAGUGCCAUACAAACGGUGCCAUUGGGUGCCACUGGAGGGAAAGCAGUCCAACAAACUGUGCCCAAACAAACUAUUGGGAGUAAAGUAGCCCAAAAGGACCCGGUUAUCAAUAAUGAUUUACACGAACUGCGUGUAAAGUCGGCCAAAAUAAGUGAAUCAGAUUUACUGACAUUUAAAACUCUGUGCGAUUGUGUGGACACAACUGUCCGCGAGUUGGGCUCAUUUGCGGACAAUCCUAAAACGUUUUGGUCGUUCGUGUCGAUUAUGAUGUGUGAAAGGGGUUACAAGUUUGAUACAAACACCUGUAGCUUUAUGUUCAACGACAGCGCGUUAAAACAUUUGCGGAAAUAUACGGAAGCGGUUAAAGUGUACCCAUUCUUCUCAUUAAUACAUGACAUGGAUUUGAGUAAAACAUUAUCGCAAACAGCGUAUGAAAGGAUUAAACCAUUGAAAGAUAAGUUUAAAAAUUAA